AUUAAAAUUUUUCUAAUAAAUAAAUAAAAUAAUAAUAAUUUUUGUAAUUGUAUUUUAAUCAUUCAAGUAUCAAAGUAUAAUAUAUACUUUUAUGUAGUCCAGUAGAAGUAUGAAGAGAUUUAAUAUAAGAGAUAUACCGGAAUUUUCCAAAAAAGAGCGAAUUGUGGUUGUGGGUGUAAUUGGAAAAUCUCCAUAUCGGUACCCUAAUAAAACGACCCCACUUUUGCCUUCAGUUAAAUAUGAUGAGAAUGGUAUUGAAUGUCAUUGGGAUGAACAAAGUGGUGUGCUAUAUCUACAUGCCAUCACAUAUCUUGACACACAACGGCUCGCUGCCUUGACAGAAACUCUCGACGAAAACUCUAAGACCACAGAGAAAGAUGCAGAUGCUGCACACUGGCUGGUAGCUUCGGGGGAACUUGCUGCGGAUUCCUGCAAAGAUAUAGCUUUGCUGUUCCAUCUUUGUCACAUUGUGGUGCUCUCUUCACCAACUUCAGUGUUUGAUCUUGGUUACUUGCAGUUGUUUAAAGCUAUUGAUGCAUAUAGAAAUGAAUUAUCUGAACAUGCAGCUACGUCUCUCGUUGACAACCACCUUGGGGGUGCUUGGGAAACCCACGGGCGCUCGUGUUGUCCGCGCUUGUUGUUUCACUUCCGGCGAGCUCCAACGCCGCUGCGAGGUGCCCCAGCAGCACUCAAGAGGUUGGAGCAUGCUGUAGAGGACCAAUUGUACUUUAUAUUGCGAAAAGCGAGGAUCAUUACUAAUGUUUGCGCAAAAUCGCUUUUUGCAAUACCUAAAAACGAAGAGUUCGUGUACAUGAAUGCGGAUGAGAGUGCGGCCGGUGCGCGCGAUGUGAGCACAUUACUGCGCGGCUUGCUGCAGCGCUGCGGAGCGCACGUGGCCGCACCAGUACGAACGAACGCGCAGCGGCCAACCUUCAAGCAGUUCCUGCAGGCGCACAUAGACCUCGCCUUCGCGGAGGGCUUCGACGAUAACGUCGGAAAAUAUGCAAUGAGCACAUCGUUUUUUGAGCUCCCGAGUGCGUCAUCAUGGCGGAAGGCUGCACAAAUACUAGCGCCGCUGUAUGCAGGCGAGGCGGAGCCCGAGCGCGAGUCUUCAGGCUUCGACACGGGGCCCGGAGCGCUGUAUGACGCUCUAGCCACCGACGUUAGGUUUUCUCAGGCUCGUUGUGCUAAGGUGCUGCCUAUAGCGCAGGCGUCAUAUACGGAAGGACUACCUGCGCACUAUUCUAGUCAACACCACGCGCACAAGGCGGGCGCGGCGCUGUCGGUGCUGUCGCAGAUGGCCCGUGGUCCGCUGGCGGCGGCUGCCCGCGCUCGCCUGUCGUCGUCGUGCGCCGCCACGUGGCGCGCCCGCAGCCUGUGCGAGGCGCCGUCGCUCACCCACCACCCCUGCGUGCUGCCCGAACACGACGGCAGCGUGGAGCACUCGUCGGGCGUGCGGUACGUGUCUGCGUGCAACUGCGGCCGCACCAAGUGCUCCCGGGACGACCCCUACACGGUGCGCCAGGCCAACCACGGCUUCUACCGGCUGGCCGCCGAGGACUGCGUCGGCUGCGACGCGCUGCAGUCCAUUGAGUUCCCGGUCUUUCAACCUUCCACGCCUACUUACAAAGUGGCGUUAGUGAAGUCAAGUCCAGAAGCGACAGCUGAGGGCGGAACGACAUCACCGCCGGAUGCUCCGGAACCGGACGGCGGCGAGCCGGACGUCCCGGACGGCUCGGACGGCUGGUCCGAACCGGACGCGCUCUCUCCAGGCGAAGCUCGCGACGAAGACGACGACGACCGGUCCUCGGCGUCAGAGAAAUACGUGGUGCCAGUACGCGGAGAUAUCACAUGUGAAAAGACGAUAACCCGUCAACCCUCGACCACGGAGUAUCUGCCGGGUAUGCUGCACACCGGUAGCCCGGCGGGCCUGCUGCCCGCGUUCUCCAGCUGGAGCCUGGUGUGCCUGGGGCCGUCCUCACUAUACUCGCAUAGCCAGGGUCUCCCCGAACAUCUGCAACCUGGAUUCCUUCCGCACACUAACUAUUUACUGCCCUGGGACUGCGCUGUACGUAUGGAGCAGGCGAGCGCGUGGCGGACGGCGGCGGCUGGAGGCGGCCGCGGGCGCGGCAAGCCGGCCGGCCCCCACCACCUCACCGUCAAGAUAUUCAUCGGCUUCGAGUACGAGUGCCCCCGCGGACACAGGUUCAUGAUGUCGUCGCCGGAGAGCGUGGUGAGCGGCGGCGGGGGGGCGGCGGGGGCGGCGGGGGCGGCGGGGGCGCGGCUGGCGGCGGCGGACAUGCCGGUGCACGGCGCGUGCGUGUGCCGCGGCGCCGCCCCGCGCCCCGCGCAGCUCGCGCGGCUGCACGUCGUCACGCCCAAGGCGCCCGUGCACGUCACGCUGCACCCCAAGGUGCAACCGGUGGCGGGCGGGCCGAUCUUCGUGCCGCAGCCCGAGGGCUCCCCGGCCAUUAAGCUGUCAGGCUCCGCAUACUGGGUGCUGCGGCUGCCGUACAUGUACUGCGACGAGCGGGGCUGCCUGCCGCGCCCGCGCCCCCGCCCCCCGCACCCGCACGCCGCCCCGCACCGCUCCGGCAUGCUCAUAGCACCAGUCUUCGGCUUACAGGACUGAUGACCCACCCAAUGCCCUAAUGAUAAAAUACAAUCUCGA